AUGGCUAAAAAAACAGUUACAAAGGUGGCUAAAAAAAAAGUUACAAAGGUGGCUGAAAAAACAGGCACAAAAGUAGCCGACAAAACAGGCACAAAAGUAGCCGACAAAACAGGCACAAAAGUAGCCGACAAAACAGGCACAAAAGUAGCGGAAAAAACAGGUACAAAAGUAGCCGACAAAACAGGUACAAAAGUAGCGGAAAAAACGGGGACAAAUAUUUCCCAAAAAGAGGACGAAAAAGGCCCCCCAAAGGAAGACACACAGGGCACCCAAAAGGCCGACGCAAAGGCCAUCCAACAGGCCGACGCGCAGGUCUCCGAAAAAUGGAAAAAAAAAGAGUGGAAAGAGUGGAUAAAAAAAGCGGAAUCCGAUUUGGACAUCUUCAACGCCCUCAUGGAUAAUGAAAAAGAAAAAAAGUGGUACAGCGAGAAAGAAAAGGAAUGGAACAAGUGGAUAAAAGGUGUAGAAAAAAAGUGGAUGCAUUAUAACAAAAAUAUUUAUGUUGAAUACCGAUCCCUAGUUUUCUGGGUAGGUUUAAAAUGGGUAGAAUCACAAUGGGAAAAGUGGAUUCUAUCUGAUGGGUUAGAAUUUUUGGUGAUGGAUUGGAAAAAAUGGAUCAAGGAAAAUAAAUCAAAUUUCGACGAAUGGCUUAAAUCUGAGUGGGAUACUUGGACAAAUAGCCAAAUGGAGGAAUGGAAAUCCAGUAACUGGAAACUUAACGAAGAUAAACGCUGGGAAAUGUGGGAAAAUGAUAAAAAAUGGAUCAAAUGGUUGUACUUAAAGGAUUGGAUAAAUUGUAGCAAAUGGAAAAAGAGAAUACAAAAAGAAUCGAAAGAAUGGCUUCGCUGGACGAAGUUAAAGGAAGAAAUGUAUAAAAAUAAAUACGGCGAUAAGUGGAAAGAGUGGAGAACCGAUAAAAGUAUCGUCUAUGAUGACUGGAAGGAUGACCUCGCAAAGAGGAUGAUCAAGAAGAAGCAGUGGCAAGUGUGGCUUAAGGAGAGGACUGCCCUUAUAGAGAAGAGGAAAGCCGCCUAUCCCGCCAUCAUGAAGGAUAUAAGAUUUAUUGAGUGA